AUGGGUGAAAGCGAUUGCAGCACUAUGCCCGCGUCGAACGACGCGGCUGAAAGCAGGGCCGAGAACAAUGGGACAGCCGCUGUCGCUGUUCGAACUAACGGGAUUGGGACCACCACUAAAGACCUGGAUCUGACUUCCGAAAAGGAUUGUCUCAUGCCACGUCUGCUUACGCUGGCAGGGACAUCGACGUCAUCAUCUUCAAAAGCCAGUGCUCCACCUCUCCGAAGGAAAUAUCGCUGUCUGAUUCUAGAUCAUGACGAAACCUGUGUCGAGAGCACGAAGAGGAUACAUCACCCGGCACAUGUUGUUAAGACAGCUUCUUAUUUAACUGACUCUGGUAUAUCUCCUGGAUCUGGUUCUCAAUGAUCAUCUUGGUCCUAUUUGUCGAUCAUCAAUAUGUUUUCCCUUGUGAUCAAAUUCAGGUUACCAAAUACCGGAACCAUUCACUUCAGUGACUGAUAGGGAAUCCGAUGCUUCCCCAUAGAAAUUCUAUGAGGAGGUUGAAGAAUAUCAGCCUGACACAUUUUCUGCGCACCUCCCAUUGCUUAUCGAUAUCAUUUAUCAUGCUUCUAAUGACUAGUCAUUAUGGUUAAUAAUGAUUGGAAGUAGGUGAACAUGACCUUGACACGGAUACCCCAUGAGAUUCUUAUUCUAAUCUCCCCUGUUGCAAAGAGAUUCUUCCGGAGCACACGCCGAUAGAUUUGGAAGGGUGGUUUCGUGUCAACCACAAUCCGGGAGUCGGAGAAUAUCUGCGAGGCGUUUUCGGAGAUUUAUGGAAGGCUAAAGAAUCAACUCUGUCUCUGAGUAUAUACUUAUUCAGGAUUGUUCAACUUCUAGGUACAAGUAAUACUAAUACCCUGUGAACAUUAAUUUCAGCUUCAGGGACUACUGGUGACAUGCAAGCGUAAAAUUUAUAACACCGAGACCACAUUGCAUGGUGCAUGCAACAGACUCUAGAUUCUAUGUCUGAGUAGGCUUUGAGCUCUUGAUUAUCAUUCCCAACAACAUCUCAACGAUCCUCUUUUACUUCAUACCUUGACCCCGACGUCCACAAGCGGGAGAUGGACAUAUGGCACCAAUUUAUGCGAGAGAGGGAUCCAGCCUUUUACGUUGGAAUCAUUGAACUCUUGAAAGUCUGGAGACAAUUAGGUGGAAUCGUAACCGUGGUUUCGCAUUCUCCAGAAGAUGUGAUCAAAAGGCACUACGAAAAACUAGGAAAGGGUUUCAUGCCUGAUCGGAUAUGGGGUAAUAAUUUGAAUUUUGAUUUUCUACAAGAUUUGCAUAAAAGCUACUAACAGCAGUUUCUGCUUUCUGGUAGACUAAAAAAAUCGAAGUACUACCUACACUUGGACGAGCUGACUUCUCAGAUGAAAAGCUUAUAUAUAACAUACAGCUUCUUUGUUCACUACUUUUGCAACCUCGAUUAUAUUUAGACUUUAAUCAGACUUCAAUCGUAACUAUCAAUUCGAGUGUAGCUGUAGUGCCACUUCCCACAAACCUACGACUACCGAAGGUUGGCGAGACGAUCCUCUAGAGCGCAAGCCUAACGCGUGGCCAUGCGAGCAGAUUUUCAAGGAAUUUGACGUGAAACCAGAGAAGUGCAUCAUGAUUGAUGAUUUGAGUCCCGGUUUGAAUAUGGCGAAGAAAGUCGCAGUCAAAUCAAUGGUAGCUGCAUGGGCACACAAGAGUUUGGUCGCGGGGUUGAUUUUAUGCGUCGAAAAUUUGUUGUUUUUUUUCCUUUCAUCCUCAUCUGGAUUUAACAACUUAUUUAACUUGGUCUUAGCUCAAGCUCCAGCUCGUACGUUCUAAUUCAAGUAUUUCUAGGAUGUUUUCAGAAAAAUCUAGUCCACUCGCACCAGAAAAUAUGGAGGUGAUCAUGAGAAUCUUCAUGAUGAGAAUUGCUCGUAUCUACUUAGUAGUAGUACUUGUACUAUGUGUAUGUAGUCACAUCACAUGAAGUAAAACCUGCCUCUUCCACCUCUAAUCCACGAAGCUUGUGGAGCAGCUGGAGCACUCUACUCGAUCGAUGACCUGGUAAACGAAGUGCUGGAGGAAGUAUUGCCAGAAGAAGGCGAAAAUGAGUAGCGGGUCAGGGGGAAAUGAAUUUAAAGAGCAUGCACUUCUCAAUCUCAAUCCAGAUGUUGUUGCAAUAACCCUUAUGACGCCCUCCUCUCCCCAACCCUUCAAGUGGCUACACGCGCAGCUGAUUAUCGCAUAUUUUUUGAAGGACCGGCCACGCCAGCCUGAUACCUACGCCAGGAGUAUCUUGUAAGGCAAAAAUAUC